AUGGCGCGUGAACUCCAUCAACUGGAGACCACUAUCAUACCGCAGUUCGAGCUAGUGGUUGAAGCAGCCGACAAGGGAAAUCACAGGCCCAAGUUGGACAAAUGGCUUCAAGAACUCAAGGAUGCCUUCUAUAUGGCUGAAGACUUGCUAGACGAGCAUGAGUACAACCUCCUCAAGCGCAAAGCAGACGGGAAGGAUUCUAUGCCGCCUAAUGACUCUUCCAUUAGCAGCAUAUUUAUGAAGCCUCUACAUGCUGCAUCAAGCAGGAUGUCCAAUAUGAGAUCAGAUAACAGAAAUUUACUUCGCCAUCUCAAUGAACUUAAGGCUACCCUAGCGAAAGCUAAGGACUUUCAUGAACUGCUGUACUUACCAAUUGGUUAUAAUGCAGAGAACCCCACCAUACCAUCAUCCAAUGUUCAUGUGGCUACAUCACUGCCACCUCUGAAAGUGAUCGGUCGUGAUAAGGAUCGUGAUCAUAUAAUAAAUCAUCUUACCAAGACAACUGGUACUGCUGAGUCUAGGACUGCUAUGUACUCCGGAUUGGCCAUUGUUGGAGUUGGAGGCAUGGGAAAGUCCACUUUGGCACAACUUGUUUACAAUGACAAGCGGAUAAAAGAAUAUUUUGAUGUGACGAUGUGGGUAAGCAUCUCACGCAAACUUGAUGUUCACCGUCAUACACGGGAGAUCAUCGAGUCUGCUUCUCAAGGGGAGUGCCCACGCAUUGAUAACCUUGAUACACUUCAGCAUAGGUUGAAAGACUUACUGCAAGAAUCCGGGAAAUUCCUUCUUGUUUUGGAUGAUGUUUGGUUUGAACCUGACAGUGAAAGGGAAUGGGACCAACUAUUAGCUCCUCUAGUUUCCCAACAAACAGGAAGCAAAGUUUUGGUAACCUCUCGAAGGGAUACAUUUCCAGCUUCUCUUUGUUGUGCGGAAGUGUGUCCUCUGGAAAACAUGGAAGACGAUCAAUUCUUGGAACUCUUCAAACACCAUGCAUUUUUUGGACCAGAAAUUCAAAAUCCACGGUUGCGUGAAAAGCUAGAAAAAAUUUCAGAGAAGAUUGCUAAAAGGCUUGGACAAUCUCCUUUGGCGGCAAAAGUUGUGGGUUCCCAGUUGAAAGGGAAAACAAGUAUCACUGCUUGGAAGGAUGCUCUAACUAUAAAUAUUGACAAAUUAGGUGAGCCCAUUAGAGCUCUACUGUGGAGUUAUGAGAAGUUAGAUCCAUGUAUGCAGAGGUGCUUUCUAUAUUGCAGCUUGUUUCCAAAAGGCUACAAGUAUGGCAUUGAUGAGUUGGUUCAACUUUGGAUGGCAGCGGGACUUGUUGAUUCGUGCAACAAAAACAAGAGAGUGGAAGACAUUGGGAGAGAAUGCUUCAAGGAGAUGAUGUCGGUUUCAUUCUUUCAACCAGUACAUGACGAUUACACACCCAUGUACUGUGUUAUCCAUGAUCUCCUUCAUGAUCUGGCAGAAUCACUAUCCAAAGAGAACUAUUUCAGAUUGGAAGAUGAUAGCAUAACAGAAAUACCAUCCACCAUCCGACACUUGUCUGUUAGCGUCGGUACCCCCCUAAUGGAUGAUGUAAGUUACCUUUUCAAUCAUAUACUGCAGAAUUUGAAGAAGUUGCGCGUACUAUAUUUGUCAUCUUAUAGCAGCAGUAUGUUGCCAGAAUCAGUUGGGAAGUUGAAGCACCUUCGGUAUUUAAACAUUGUCAGAACGUUGAUUUCUAAAUUGCCAAGAUCCCUAGGUACUCUUUACCACUUACAGUCACUUAUGUUAAAUGAUAAAGUUGAGAGUUUGCCUGAGAAACUCUGCGAUUUAAGGAAGUUACGACAUCUUGAACAACAUGAUUACAGAAUAUACACAGCAAACAAGAAAGCAUUGUGUCAAAUUCCUAACAUUGGCAAGCUAACUUCACUUCAACAAUUUGAGGAAUUUUCUGUGCAAAAGAAAAAAGGUUAUGAGUUAGAACAACUGAGGUAUAUGAAUGAGAUCCGUGGCAGUUUAAGUGUCACAAAUCUUGAGAAUGUCAGUACGAAGGAUCAAGCCCUAGAAUCGAAGUUGUAUCAGAAAAUUCAUCUUGGCAGCUUGCAACUUGUCUGGAGUCACAUUUAUAACACAAGUGAAGAGGAUAAUUUACAUUUGGAGAUUCUAGAAGGCUUGAUACCACCACCUCAACUUGAAGAUCUUACAAUUCACGGUUACAAAUCUUCAAAAUACCCAAGUUGGUUACUUGAUGGUUCGUAUUUUGAGAAUUUGGAAUCUUUGAGCUUUGUUAAUUGCAGCACAUUACAAAGCCUACCAUCCAAUUCUGGGCAACUUGACAAUUGCACUUCACUUUUACUCGACAAUAUGCCAAACCUGAAGGCAUUACCUUGUCUUCCGCUAGGACUUGAAAUACUGAAAGUAUACAAAUCCCCAUUGCUUAUAUUUAUAUCCAGUGAUGAGAUGGAACAUCAUGAUCAGAGAGAGAAUAUUAUGAUAGAGCACUUGGCAUCAAUGCUUGAUUUAAUUUGGAAGGUGCAUUCCAGAUCAGAUAUUACAAGUGUACUCACAAAGGAACAAUCAUUUAUGAUGCAGUUGGGGAUAGUGAUGCAUGCUAAUUUGUCAAAUAUUCGGAACCUUAAAGGUGCUCUAGGAAUACAGGAUGACGAAAAAUUUAGAAAAAAUUAUCUUAUCGAUGCAUGGAUAGACAGUCACAAGCAAAGGAUCAGACUCAUGUAUGAAAGGGGCAUUGGGUUGUCGCUGGUUCCACCAACAGGGCUUCGUGAACUGACUCUUUCAUCAUGCAAUAUUACAAAUGGAGCUUUAGCAGUUUGCCUUGAUGGCCUAGCAUCACUUAAAACAUUGGUCUUAGAGCAGAUUAUGACUUUAACUACACUUCCUUCAGAAGAGCACUUGCCAGAUUUAUGUAUGCUCAAAGGAUUGUCUUCACUGGAACUUCACCAUGUACAAUUGAUUGAUGCUUGGAAACUCAACCUCAUGUGUAUCUCACAGUUUCGUGUCCAGUACUCAUUCGUUGUGAGCAGCUCUACAAUACUCAACAACAUGCUCACGGCAGAAGGCUCCACGGUUCCAGCAUUUCUCUCUCUUGUAUCAUGCAAUGAACAAUUCGUUUCAUUCGAAGCAUCCGCAAAUUUCACAUUUGUCAAGAGGCUUACGUUCCGGGAUUGUCUAAUGUUUUCCCUGCCAUAUCUGAAGUGCUUCUCCAAUUUGGAGCAUCUAGAUAUCUAUGACUGCCCCAACAUAUCAUCUUUACCAGAUCUGCCAUCCUCCCUCCAGCUCAUAAGCAUACGUUCUUGUGGAGCACUUGAUGGAAAGCUGCCAAGCACCUCAUGGAGAAAGUUGGCCAAAGAUCGCGCAUAUUCGCUGGAAGCUAUUUGA